ACAUGAACAUGUGGACGUUGAGAGGCUCCACUCGACGCAUUGGAUAUUUUGGAGUCGACCCUUCUCCAUCUCCUCCAUCUUUCUCAGACCGACCGGACCGCCAUGGCCGCGACGACGAGCAUGUUGGUGAAGCUUUCGAUGCUCUUCAAUCUCUUGUCCACCUCGCGCUUGGGACUUUGGUCGAAUCAGGAGCACGUGAGGGCGUUCCCGCCGACGUGCGACCGCAUCGAGUGCCCAAGCUUCGACGUCGUGCACGUGGGCGACGGCUACGAGAUCCGCCGCUACAACUCCACUGUGUGGAUGUCCACUGCCCCCAUCCCCGGCAUCUCUCUCGUCGAAGCCACUCGCUCCGGCUUCCGCCAGCUAUUUGACUACAUACAAGGUAAGAACAGCUAUGAAAAACAGAUAGAGAUGACGGCACCAGUGAUCACCGAGGUCUCUCCAAGCAACGGCCCUAUUUGCGCGUCCUCAUUUGUGGUGAGCUUCUAUGUCCCGAAAGAGAACCAAGCCAACCCGCCCCCAGCGGAAGGCCUCCAUGCUCAGAGGUGGAAGCCCACGUAUGUCGCCACUAGACAGUUUGGAGGAUUCGUCGCUGACUCUGAUGUUGCAGUGGAGGCAGCUGCCUUGGAAGCCAGCCUUAGCGGCACUACUUGGGCUAAAGCCAUCGAGAAGAGCCGAGAGAAAGAGAGCAGCGCUGGCGCCUCGGUUUACACAGUCGCCCAGUAUAAUUCUCCGUUCGAGUUCGAUGACAGAGUGAAUGAGAUAUGGAUGCUGUUCGACAUGGAAGACGCUUCCUCUGUAUGAAUCAGAGAGUGAAGGAUAGAGAAGUAUCUCUAGUUUUUCACAUAUAACUUUGAGUUUA